GUCUGGGUCUCUUUGGUUUGAUUUUUUGGUGCCAGGUGGGACGGGUUCUACCUGAGCCAGAACCUGAUCCACUGUUUUCAAGCAGAGUGAGAGCUCUGACUGUCUGACCUAUCUGUGCAGCAGGAGGCGGAUAAAAGCUGCAGCGUCACCUGCUGCAUCUCAGAUCCGAACCCGGACCCGGCGUUGUUCAGACAGGAGUCCCGGUCCGGUUCAGCCUGAGGUUCUGCUCUCUGACCCGCUGCUGGUCUCUGUGGUCCCGUUCCUCCUCCUCCGGUCCGGUUCUGCUCGGAGCGCCGGAACCAGGCGGCCUGACUGAUCGGAGAUGCCGGUUCGGAUCCCGGACGACUCGGACUUCUCCUCCUUUAAGGAUCAGUGUCUGAGUCCGGACGGAUGGAGCAGCAGGUACAACAAGGCCGGAGUGACGGUGUGGUGCCGCGAGCAGGACAGCAGCUCGGUCCAGAAGAUCAAGAUGAGGAUCGUGUGCAAAGACGUGACGGCAGAGACGCUGUACGACGUCCUCCAUGACACCAGCUACCGGAAGAAGUGGGACACCAACAUGAUUGACACCUACGACAUCGGCAGACUGACGGUCAACACAGACGUGGGAUAUUACUCCUGGAAAUGCCCGACGCCUCUGAAGAACCGAGACUUUGUGACGAUGCGGUCUUGGCUUCCACUUGGCAGCGACUACAUGAUCAUCAACUACUCCGUCAAACACCCGCAACAUCCUCCUAAGAAGGACUAUGUCCGAGCCUUGUCUCUGCUGACGGGCUACCUGAUCCAAUCCAACAGUGCCACCAGCUCCACCCUCUACUACCUGACCCAGGUGGACCCCCGAGGCUCUUUACCAAAGUGGGUCGUUAACAGAGUCUCUCAGUUCGUGGCUCCAAAGGCCAUGAGGAAGAUCUACAAGGCGUCUCUGAAGUACCCCGAGUGGAAGCGGAAACACGACCCGACCCUGAAGCCGUGGAUGUACCCGGAGCAGAACACGCUGCCCUCCAUCAGCCCGGCGGACCUGACGCUGCAGCGGGCGGACUCUCUGGAGAACAUCGACGAGAGCGGCGUGAGCGAGGAGAAGCACAGCGACGACGAGGAGACCUAGGCCGUCCUCAGGACUGUCCUCCUCUCACCCACUGGCUGUUGCUUUGCUUGAUCUCCUCCAGCUGGAGACGUUUCCCACUGCCAGUCCUCCAGUGUCUGUCCCUGUCCUCUGCCUCCACCCCGAAACCUUCUGUCCACAGACUGUCCACACCGUGACCUCUGAAUGACCAGAGGUCGUCCACAGACUGACCCUAGGCUGACCAAACUGUCCACACACUGAAGGCCCCAACAUACUCGGGCUGCUUCCGUCUGCGCCGUUCAUGGAAUGAGCACAGUGCACCCGAGUAUGUCGGGGCCGCAGCACACUGACCUCUGGCUCCACCAGGGGUGUCCAAACUUUUUGUCAUGUAGGUCAGAAGUAUUAAAUAGGCCAAGAAAAUAAAAAUACAAAAUAAAGCAGCUUGUUCACUGUAGAUCCAAACCAUGAACAGGAUGUUGCUGUAAAACAGAAAUAUCUAGUUUACAAAUGAUUUUGAUAGCAAAUUGAUUCUCAGUUAUAGGAACAGGAAGUGGUCACUUUCCUUCAAAACAAAUUCAUGAAUUUAAAAAAAGCUGAUUUUGUUGCAACAAAGUUGGCUUUUCAGUGAAAGUCUGUGGAAAAAGACUAAUUAUAAAACUUUGUUAUAAAAACACAAAUGCUGUGUUGUACUUAUCUUUUCCAUUUCAAGAAAAUGAUCAAUUUCAAUGAUAAUUGAUUAAAACAAAAAGUAUUCAUCCGCACCAACCAGCUGCGCCAGCCGGCCCACAAACGGCCCCGGGCCGCACUUUGGACACCCCUGGUCUACGCCGUGGUCCGGCUGUCUGUCCUCUCAGGUUUUCCAGGAGUUCCUUCCAGGUUUUCCAGGAGUUCCUUCCAGGUUUUCUAAUGGAGCGUUUAGAUCAGAUUCUAGUUUAAAUUCAAUCCUAAUAAAUUAUAAUCAGUAAAUAAUUAUUUUGUAGAUCUUUCCAGACUUUCUGUGAGAUUUAAGGACGCUUCAUGUGUUGAACUGAAACCAAUUCCUCUUUACUGAAUGAAACUGAAACAUUUUUUACCUUUUAGACCAGAUUGAAAUGUUAUUAGUUAGAAAGAUGAUCAGAUCGAUGCUCGUGAUCAAUAAAGGUUCCUGUACCUCC